AUGGAGGCUGCGGUACUGGGUCGGGAGGGCGGCGGGCAGGGACCCCCCCCCCACGAACCCAUUAGCUUCGGCAUCGACCAAAUCCUCGGCGGUGCCGAGCCCCCGGUAUCGGCCCGAGCGUCGGGGGAGUCCGACUACGGACUCUACAGCGGCGGCUACGGUCCCGCCUGCUCACUCGGUUCCUACAACCUCAACAUGAGUAUGAACGUGAGCGUCAACGUGACGCCCGCGCCCGCCGCACCGCCCGCCGGGGUCAUCCGCGUCCCGGCGCACCGGCCUGCGCCCGCCGCUCCGCCCGCCGCACCUCCGCCGGUGCCCGGGCUCUCGGGGCUCACCUUCCCCUGGAUGGAGACGACGCGCCGCAUCGCCAAAGACCGUCUCUCAGCUGCGCUGUCGCCCUUCACGGCAACCCGGCGCAUCGGGCACCCCUACCAGAACCGCACACCGCCCAAGCGCAAGAAGCCACGCACGUCCUUCAGCCGGGUGCAGAUCUGUGAGCUGGAAAAGCGCUUCCACCGCCAGAAGUACCUGGCCUCAGCCGAGCGAGCCACCCUGGCCAAGGCCCUCAAGAUGACGGACGCCCAGGUCAAGACCUGGUUCCAGAACCGCCGCACCAAGUGGAGGCGGCAGACGGCGGAGGAGCGCGAGGCCGAGCGCCAGCAGGCCAACCGCCUGAUGCUGCACCUGCAGCAAGAGGCUUUCCAGAAGAGCCUGAGCCAGCCACUGCCCCAGGACCCGCUCUGCAUGCACAACUCCUCCCUCUAUGCCCUGCAGAACCUCCAGCCCUGGGCUGAGGACAACAAGGUCACCUCCGUAUCAGGGGUGGCCUCUGUGGUGUGAGGUCUCCAUGGAUGGCCCGGGAGUGGUGGACGGAGCCCGGUAGGGUCUAAGCCCAGCACUUCUGGCCUGCAGUAGGGAGGGGACUGCUGCUUCUAGGAAGUGCCUCCAUUGACAGCCCCCUCCCCACUGUGAGACAUCCAUUCCGGGCACUGCUCAGCCAUCCCAAAAGCACUCCAGGUGGGUGGAUGAGCUUCUGAGUUUGGACCAACCUCUGCUUGGAGCAGCCCCUUGAUCGCCCCCCACCUUGGGGAGCCCAAGCCUGGGUCCCUGCACCCUGUGGUUCUUUGCAAGUCCAGGUCCCCCUUCCCAGGGCCCCUGCUCUGGGGGCAGCUCCUCAGAGGCUCCAUGCUCAGGACCUGCUGCUCAGCCAUUGGUGGCACUCCUAGCCUGGCCAUACCCUGCUCCCUCCAGGACAGCUGCAGCCCAGGACAAGCUGUGCAGGGUGUGGGGUGGAUGCUACCAUUCCCAGUGCUGGGGGCCCCUAUCCAUCCUUGUUGAAUGCCAUGGCAAGGUCUGUGCCACCCACACACACUUGCCUUAUCCUGGUCGGAGUUUGCCAGCUCUGACCCUGGGGCUUGAAGAGGAACUUGUCCCAGUGGCAUGGGACAGACUGAUGAACUGGGCUCCUUUGCUCCCCUGGGCAACCCCUGCUCCAGCGCUCCUGGCCCCUGCACCCACUAGUCUGCUGGAUCCCUACGACAUGGGCCUGAGCAUGGCCACACAGGACCCUGAGAUGGACUUGGAGUGCCUCCACAUGCCUAUGGAUUGCACCAGUUCCUCUGCCCCUCCAAGCCUCUGCCUCCCCGAACCUGUUCAUGUUCCCCCACUCUGCCUGGGGCCAGAUGAGACCUUGCUCUGCCAUGACCCACAGCACACCCAUGGGAAGGCAGAGAGGUUCAGGGAGAGGCUGAAACCCCUCUACUCCACCAAAUAUCUGCCUC